AUGUCUGCUUGCAACGCCUUCACUGAGCACGUCUGGAAACCUGGUGAAUGUAAGAACUGCUUCAAGCCCAAAAGCUUGCAUCAGUUACCCCCAGUAUCUGAAAAAAAAACCCUCGCACAUGGCAACCUGAAACCCAAUGCAAACCAAAGUAACAGCCAUCGUGGGAGAAAUACAGGGAGUUUCCGACCACCUGUGGCAAAGAAACCCACCAUAGCUGUGAAACCCACCAUGAUGGUGGUCGAUGGGCAGGGGGUGUGCAGUGAAAUCAGCACACCAGAUCCUUGUGAGAAUAAAUCUGUGUCUGCGGGUUGGAACCGGAACAAAACUGUCAUGAACAAAAAACCACUAAACAAUAAUAAUGAAGAUGAGAUUGAAGGUUAUAGCAACGUUCACAGGGCUUGUGGCAACAAUGAUGGUGGAGGUAAGAUACCAAAUAACAAUAAUAAUGGACUGACAGAAGUUUUGAAGGAGAUUGUGGGUUUGGAUACCACACCUCAGCUAACUGGAAAUGAAAUGAACUCAAGAGAAACCUUCUUGGGAAGAAUAAAUAAUUGCUAUAAAAGAUCAUUGGAAAGAAAGAUCCCUCCAAGCUGCAUGAUGGGUGGAAUGAAGGAUUCACACAGUAAGCACGUUAUUCUGAGCGGAAGCACUGAAGUAAUAAGUAAUGAAGGUGGACGUUUCUGUUAUCCAGAGUUCUCCAGUGGAGAUGAGAGUGAGGAUGACACGUUUUUUGGCAGUAUGCAAGAAGAGCAUGAGAGCUGGGAUGAAAGUGAUGAAGAAUUGCUAGCAAUGGAGAUUCGUAUGAGGGGCCAACCUCGCUUUGCUAAUUUUAGGGCUAACACGCUCUCUCCUGUUCAGUUCUGUGUUGACAAAAAAUGGAACACUGUGCCCCUUAGAAACAAGUCUCUCCAGCGGAUCUGUGCAGUAGAUUAUGAUGAUAGUUAUGAUGAAAUUUUAAAUGGUUAUGGGGAAGAGACCGUGAUUCUGUAUGGGCAAGAAAGCAUGCAGAGCAUGGUAUCUUCUGAUUCUACGUCUCCUGAUUCUUCUUUGACAGAAGAGUCUCGUUCUGGAACAACCAGCAGCUCUUCACAGAAGCUCUGUAAUGGAGGGCUAUCUCCUAGUACUCCUCAGGACCUCAAAUUGAUUGAACCAGAAUAUGAAAGUCUUUGUGACAAUCAACAAAUGAAGGAUGUGUCAAAAGCUCCCAGAAAUGUUCAAAAAAGUCUGGAAACUCACAAGGCAGUCCUUGCACUUCGGCUGGAAGAGAAGGAUGGCAAAAUUGCUGUGCAGACUGAUAAGCAAGAGAAUAAAAGUCCCUCAGAUGUUGGUGGCCAAGCUGUAACUAUAAAUUUGGUGCCUGUGGAAGAACAAGCUAAACCCUACAGGGUGGUGAAUAUGGAACAACCAGUUUGCAAGCCAUAUACUGUAGUAGAUGUAUCAGCUGCCAUGACCAGUGAAUGUAAGGAGAAUCAGACUGAAACCUCAGAAACCAAAAAAACAUCGUCUAACCCAAGCUCACCAGUAACUCCAGGCACACCUAUUACAUCCUCUGCAGCAUCACCUGUACGAGUAAAUGCUAAUCUGAAAAAAUCCAGUGCAAUCAGAUACCAAGAAGUAUGGACUUCUAGUACUAGUCCAAGACAGAAGAUCCCUAGGGUAGACUUAACUGCUAACAGCUCAGGACCUUCUGUUCCUCCCAGGAAGGCAAGCCACAAGUCAGCUCCUACUUCACCUACAGCUACAAACGUUUCUUCAAAAACUGUCCCAGUUAAGUCUCCCAAUUUAUCAGAGAUAAAAUUCAACAGCUACAAUAAUGCUGGCAUGCCACCUUUUCCUAUUAUCAUUCAUGAUGAGCCCACUUACGCUAAGAGUUCCAAAAAUGCUAUUAAAGUUCCUAUUGUAAUAAAUCCAAAUGCAUAUGAUAACCUGGCUAUCUAUAAAAGUUUUCUAGGGACCAGUGGAGAGCUGUCCAUCAAAGAUAAAACUACUAGUGUAAUAAGUCACACAUACGAAGAAAUAGAAACAGAAAGCAAAAUGACUGAAGCUACAGGAAGUAAACCCACUGAGUUUUCCCAAGCCCGGGGGGUGACUAAUAGCUCUGAAUGCAGGCUGGGUUCUGUGGCUCAGAAGGUCCAAGAGUUCAAUAGCUGUCUCAGUAAAAGUCAGAUAUCACCACAGAGGAGUUCAGACCACAGCUCCCCAUCAAGAGUUCAAAAGACAACACAAGAGACUACAGCAAAACCAGAUGUAACACCAGAGGCUUCUGUUAGCAGCAGCAGUGGUCGGGAGAACGCAAGCACGGUGCUUUCACAGAUUGUGGCUUCUAUCCAGCCUCCACAGUCUCCUCCAAAAACACCUCAGGCUGCACCCAAGUCUUGUAGUGUGGAAGAGCUGUAUGCCUUACCCCCUGAUGCAGACUCAACUAAAAACACCCUGGUACGACCCAAAUCUCUGUUUACAUCACAGCCUGAAAUAGAGUCAUCCAAGACAGUGGAAAAUGCUGCCAGUAAAAUACAGAAAGAGUCACUUUCACAGCCAGUUGCCACUCACUCUCCACAGCCAGCGAGAGCCACCCCAAACACCACAAGUCCCAAAACAGAGCAGGCACCGCCAUUUCCUCCUCCACGGUCCACUUCUUCACCCUAUCAUGCAAGUAACUUGUUGCAAAGACAUUUCAGCAAUUGGACCAAACCAAACAGUCCCACCAGGUCAACAGAGGCUGAGUCCAUCCUCCAUUCGGAAGGUCGGCGAGCUGCCGACGCGAAACCCAAACGCUGGAUAUCGUUUAAGAGCUUCUUCCGCCGUCGGAAAACUGAUGAUGAGGAAGAGAAAGAGAAAGAAAGAGAGAAAGGAAAAUUGGUGGGUCUUGAUGGAACUGUUAUACACAUGCUCCCCCCUCCUCCAGUCCAGCGUCAUCACUGGUUCAGUGAGGCCAAGUCAGACUCCAGUGAGAAGCCGUCGAUUGUUUUCAUGUACAGAUGUGAAGUGCCACAGGCUGAGCCUAAGGCUGACCACCAAAACAAGAGUGAAGCAGAGGCUGCUAUUGCCAAUGCACUGGCAAAAGACCAAGGGGAAAUGCAGGAAAAGCCUCCAGAGAGCUCUGACCAGGACACAGCCAGCCAUUCAUCACCACCUCAGAUUGCCAAGAAGAUCCCCAGUCAAGUGCCUGAUGAUACGACACUGGAGGAGUUGUCCCCUCGUGUUCCUAGAGCCGUGUUUGUGAAGCAGGACAAUGGCGGCUGCGCCUCAGUCAUACCAGUGUCAUCUGUCCGUGCCCCACAGGGCGAGGAGGAAAAGGAAGAAGCUUCAAAUUCUCCUGACUUAAACCCUUGCAGUGCUACUUACAGCAAUUUAGGACAGUCUAGAGCAGCCAUGAUACCUCCAAAACAGCCGAGGCAACCAAAGGGAGCUCUGGAUGAUGCCAUUGCCUUUGGAGGCCUAAUAGACCAGGAAACAAGGACCAACUUACAGCCAACACCACCUCCACUGCCAAAGAAAACAAUUUUGAGAGCUAACACAGAGCCAACUCCCAGAGAUCUCCAGAAGCAGGCUUUGGAAAACAACCUGUGCAUUGUGGCCAAUCCCACCUAUGACAUUGACACCAAUUGGGAAGCAAGCAGCGCCUGCUCUUCCAUCAGCCUGGAGCUAAAGAUAUUGGACAAUGAGUCAGGAGAUUCCUUGGACAGGCCUACAGAGAAACUAAGGGCAACCACCUCAGCAACUAACAGUGUUUCCAGCCUAACCACUAUCAGUAUUAAGGACCGCUGUUCCAAUAGCAUGGAGUCUCUAACAGGGAGACGCAUCUCGCAGACUAAGCAGGGCAAAGGUGUCCAGAAGCCCCAAAGGCAAGCACUUUAUCGAGGAAUUGAAAACCGAGAAGAGGUGGUGGGCAAAAUCCGAAGCCUUCACACUGAUUCACUGAAGAAGCUGGCACUUAAAUGUGAAGACUUGUUCAUGGCCGGACAAAAAGACCAAUUGCGAUUCGGGGUGGACAGCUGGUCAGACUUCAGGCUCACCAGUGACAAGCCAUGCUGCGAGGCAGGCGAUGCAGUUUACUACCCAGCUUCUUAUGCAAAAGAUCCUCUCAACAAUUACGCAGUCAAGAUUUGUAAGAGCAAAGCAAAGGAAUCCCAGCAGUAUUAUCACAGCCUGUCUAUUCGGCAGAGUCUGGCUAUCAACUUUAACAUCCAACAGGACUGCGGCCAUUUUCUUGCUGAAGUGCCAGUGCGUCUCCUUCCAUGGGAGGAUGCUGAUGCACCAGAGAUGGAGGAAGAAGAGGAGAAAGAGCCUGAGCAGAAGAACAGAGAUACUCUUUCCAAUACAGAGGCUUCACAGAAAGACAGCUCAGGCACUAUCAGCAAGCCACGCAGCCGUGUCGUGGUCAUCACACGGGAGGUUCCGUACUUAACAGUGGCUGAUUUUGUGCGGGAAUCUGCAUCUCGCCAUGCAAAAAGCCCGGAUUUGUAUGAGAGGCAAGUCUGUCUGCUCCUUCUACAGCUGUGUUUGGGCCUGGAACACCUGAAACCCUAUCAUAUCACACACUGUGAUCUGCGUUUAGAGAACCUGCUGCUGGUUCAUUCCAGACCAGGAGGCAGCCCUCUGAGCCCUGAGUCCACGGAGCCCAGUCCCAGCACUGCUUGUCCAGCCAGAUUAAUAGUGAGCAAUUUCUCCCAGGCCAAGCAGAAGAGUCAUAUGGUGGAUCCUGAGGUCCUACGGGAUCAGUCCCGCCUGGCUCCAGAAAUCAUCACUGCAACACAGUACAAAAAGUGUGAUGAGUUCCAAACUGGUAUCCUUAUCUAUGAAAUGCUGCACUUACCCAAUCCCUUUGAUGAGAAUCCAGAGCUGAAAGAGAAGGAGUAUACUCGUGCUGAUCUCCCCAAGAUUCCUUGCCGUUCUCUCUACUCUCAAGGGCUUCAACAGCUUGCCAGCUGCCUGCUGAAUCCCAACCCUUCAGAGAGGAUCCUAAUAUCAGAAGCCAAGGGAAUCCUUCAGUGUUUGCUUUGGGGUCCACGUGAGGACUUGUUCCAUGCUCUGAGUACAUCUUCCAACCCCUCGCGGAGAGAUGCUGUACUUCAGAACUGGCUGGAUAUAAAAAGGACGCUGCUGAUGAUCAAGUUUGCAGAGAAGUCCUUUGAUAGGGACUGUGGAGUUAUUCUGGAAGACUGGCUUUGUUGUCAGUAUCUGGCUUUUGCCACUGUAGACUCACUUCAUCGCAUUGUGAGAAUCAUGCAGCAGCACUAG